GUUUGGAUGUAAAUAUUUGUCAUUAUUCUUAGAACCGCAGUAUUUUUUUAAUUGAAAUGUUGAUGUUAACUUUUUAUUAAAAUGCAUAAUGGAUUAGCUGAUUUAGGAUAUUUGAUGUAAGAACAAAUCAAAACGUCACUUCAUACUUACGACCUUUCUGUCCUGACAUUUGGUAAGUUUCUUGUGAUGUCAGAAGACUCAAAUCCACUUUGUCUUUUGGUUCUUGAGACUGGCUUUAUUACAUCCAGAGCCGCAGUAAACUGGGCAGCACUAGACUUCCAUGGGUAGAUGGUGAUAUUUCUACAAAUACCCUCUGUUUACAUAAAAUCACUCCCCUUAUCCCUUUUGGAUUUGCUUGACUAUCAUGAAGGAGCAAAAUGAGAUUGUUAAAUGGAAGUUCCCACUUCAAGGUCUUUUUGACCAUUUGUCCAGGUAUAGCAUACUGUGAACGACUGUCCCAAGCCAGACUUUCUAGAUCCCAUUGCGUGUAAAGCUCUCUGUGUCCCACAGUUUGGAAUCAAGUGUAUUUCUGCUCUGUGAGAACUAAUGUUCUGGUUGGGAAAAGGGCACAGGAGAAAUGGAGGGAUUGGUAAUGGUCCUCUGUCUCUCAAAUGUCCAAUACAUUAUACCAGCACGGUUCGCGAGCGCCUUCGUGUGCCAGUCCCCGUACUCCGGAGCGGCUGUGUGCUCAAGAACUGGAUUUGAAACGGACCUUCCAGAGGUGGUAGAAAAGGUGUGAAACGUAUUCCAGCCCACAUGUGCUGCCACUUGAAGGGCUGCCCUCCAGAGCGCCAGAAGGCAUGUUAGGGGCCAGCAGAUGGCUUCUGGUGCAGUGCUGGAUGCUCGGGGGAAGGGAGCUUCAUCUGGGCAUAGGGAAACCAGCCGGAGAGUGGCUGGCAUUGGGCGGUGGGGUGCAGAGGGGAUGUAAAGGGUGCAUCCCUUGCCAGCAUGUUGGUGAGCUGAGGGGUGACUAGGCCCCGGGAGGGAGACAGGGAGCCCCGAUACCUUGUGAACCAGUAGUGCUGGGUUAGACUUGGACACUGCUGAAAUGAGCUUCCCUACCAGCAAUUUUAGACUCCAGAUCUUAUUUUUCACCUAGUAGAAAAUGCCCACUGAGGAGUGUUCCAAAUUGUGUGCUUCGAAGCAUGCUGAAUGUACCAUUUCCGUGUGCUGGGCCAGCAGUGUGCUUGUCUGUUGACGGAACAUUUGCAUGACCCCGCGUCACAUGCCGUCCUUUACUCCACCCCCAGUGACUCCUGGUCCUUGUCUAGGUCCUUACAAGCUGUGGCGUGUCCUUUCACAACUUGGACAGACACUCUGCCUCGAGAGGGAGAGGGGUUUGUUUAAAUGGAGGAUGGGAAUGUGAAUGUCUGAAUGAUUUGGGUGCCUGGAAGCAUGACAGACUCAGUGUCAUUACAUUCAUCAUCAUCACCUUUAAGCCCAAGACUAACGGUAAUUGUGGUGAAGAAACGAGUGAACGCCAGAUUUUUUGCUCAGUCUGGAGGAAGACUUCAGAAUCCACUUCCUGGGACGGUUAUUGACGUAGAAGUUACCAGACCAGAAUGGUAUGAUUUUUUUAUCGUGAGCCAGGCAGUGAGAAGUGGCAGUGUCUCUCCCACGCACUAUAACGUCAUCUACGACAGCAGUGGCCUGAAGCCAGACCACAUUCAGAGGCUCACGUACAAGCUGUGUCACGUCUACUAUAACUGGCCAGGCGUCAUUCGCGUCCCUGCUCCUUGCCAGUACGCCCACAAGCUGGCUUUCCUCGUGGGCCAGAGCAUCCACAGGGAGCCCAACCUGUCCCUGUCCAACCGCCUCUACUACCUCUGACCCGCGGGACGAGACGACGUGCAGCCGUUCCUUCGUUUGACCUCGUAGCUUCGGGGUUUUUUUUUAAGCUUUUAUUUUUUUUUUAGCUGUUUAUCUUUCUAGAUAUGAAACUUGGAAAGGGAAUUAGGAGAUUUGGAGUCUCGUUUGUAGCAUUGCUGCUGUGACUGGCUUAUAGGUAAAAAUUAAAAUUUUAUAUUUUAUCUUGGCUUCUCAAAUACGUUGAGAAUUUUUUGUUUUGAAAAAAAUGUGGAUAAGGUACUUUGUAUUAUAAACUAUUUGAAAAGUGAGAAUUUACUUGAAAGUACGUUCAGGAGUGAGCAAGUCCUACUUUGUAAACCUACAUUAAUUCAUCUUCUUUUUGAAAUAUUUUUAAUUUAAAGGAGAGAAAGGCGUAAAGUGGGAAGCUCACUACAACUGUAAGGUAGGGUUUUAUUUGGGUAUCUGAUCUAUUUUAAAGAUAAAAAGCUGCCAUUGAAUAACCUGUACAAGGUAUGGGAAUGAUAGGAGACUAUGGAGAAGUAGGCUAAUUUUUUUAUUUCAUUUUGGGGCUAGGUGGUAUGAUGGUUAAAAAGUUUUAAAUUUCUGUCCAAAGAAACAUUUUAAGACUCUUUGACAAAAGAGUCCAAUAAUCUAUAUUAACGUUACUAUUUAUUUUGUUUGCAACGGGGACAUCCUUCUACUUGUUAUAAAAUAAAAUUGGAUUCUCACCUUA